AUGUUCAAUUAUCGAGUGGUAAAAUUAUUCAAAAAUAAAACUAAUCCAAUCACAAUUGCUGGAAUCAAUGGUGUAAGUGGAAACACUUUAAAUACAUCAACAAUCGGCCUUAGCUACGGAUUAUUUGUCGACAGUAAUGAGAACCUGUUUGUUAGUGACACUAACAACAACAGAGUUGUUCGCUAUUCAUCGAACUCAUCGAGUGGUAUGCCUGGUUUAGUAGUCGAUGGAAAUGGUACAGAGGGAAGUAGCGCUUCACAGCUGUCUUCACCAUAUGGAGUGUAUGUCAAUGCAGUCGGAACAUUAUACGUUGCGGAUUCUGGAAAUAGUCGAAUCCAAAGAUGGAAUAAAGGAGCUUCUUUUGGUGUGACAGUGGCAGGCACUGAAGUUAGCGGUAAUAGUUUAUCUCAGCUGUCGUAUCCAAUGGGAAUUGUUGUUGACUCGAAUGAAUACAUGUAUAUAGUGGAUACUGGGAACAACCGAAUUCUUCGCUGGCCACCAAAUUCGACUUCUGGUGAAUGUAUCGUGGCUUGUACUGGGUUAAGCGGAACAGAAGUUAAUAUGCUGGGGAUGCCAUUUGCAAUGGCAUUUGAUAGCUAUGGAUCUCUGUUCGUUAGCGACACAAUCAAUAAUCAAGUACAGAAAUUUCAAAUACUUGAUGGUUUUAUUACUGCAGGUCCAACUUCAACAACAAUGUCAACUUCGACAACAACAACAAUGACAAUGACAAUAACAACAGCAACAACAACAACAGAUCGCACAACAUCAUCGGAAGCCUCAUCAAAGACAAGUAGAACACGUUCAACAGCAGUGCUGAUCUUGCAUUCAUUAACAAUUAAAACUUGA